AUGGAGGCGGGUUCUAGUUUCUUGAACUGUGACAUAGAUCAUUUACCGUUUAAAUACCUAGGUGUUAAGGUUGGAGAUAGUCCUCGAAAAGUCUCAAUGUGGAAGGAAUUAAUUAAUCAAAUUAAAGCUAGAUUGGCUACUUGGAGAGGCAAGCAUUUGAAUAUGGCGGGACGGGUGACGAUGAUAAAUACGGUGCUGAAUGCAAUACCUAUGUUCUCUCUAUCUUUUUAUAGAGCCCCGAACAAAGUGAUCAAUGACAUUCGUAAAAUUCAAAGCAAUUUCCUUUGGCAUAAAAGUGAAGGUGCAGUUUCAUCUAGAGUGAACAACGGUCGCGGUACUGCUUUUUGGCAUUCAAAGUGGCUGGGAAACCAAGCCAUAAAGGAAGUUUACACGGAGGCCUUCGCUGCUUCCACGAAUCAGAAUUGCAGUGUGGCGGACUUGAUUUUUUAG